CGGUCUUUCAAGGCUAUCUAGUAUCUACACUAAGAUCUUGUACACUAUGUUGUGCUGUCCACAUGUAAGAUGAUUUAUCAAAGCAUGUUCUUGUCAUUUCUUAAGAUAGCGAGUUGGUCGAUACGUCAGAAGAAGGUGGUUCUAAGAUUUUAAGUGUAUUGUAAGGAUUAUGAAAAUUGACUUGGUCUUGGCCGCAAAAACUUCGCCCUUACGCAAGAACAGGAGUGCUAUAUUUCGGAUGGAUGUGCAUCGGAUACAAUACGCAUUCCUGUUUUUCGUGGCUUUGUCUGGGAGCUAUUUUAUGGGACUGAUAACCACACUUCGGUCUGCGCCCCCGGUCCCAAUCUACACAGCGAGCCCGCAAAAAUUGGAGAGACCACCAGAAGUGCCACAGGUCGGAGAGGUGAAGUUAGUUCGGAGGGCCAACGAUGCACCGUUAGAAAAUGACAGACUCGGGGCACCCUCAAAUGGAGUGGAGUUUGAAUGGGGGAAGGGACCUCCGACCUCAGAAGAGAUGAGAGAGUCUUUUGGCGGAGGAGAUAGCGAUAGCAAUGAAGGAGGGAAGGAGAGAAAGAGAAAUGAUGAAGAAGAAGAGCCAGAGGAAGAAGGUGGAAACGUAGACUAUGAUAUCAGAGGAGACGCUCACGAAAAGGACAAAAGUGAGGAAGAGGAUGCUUCUAGUCACGAUGAGGAAGAAAAAUCCGAAAAGAAAAAGGAAGAUAAGAAGAAAGCGAAAAAGGAAGAUGAGCCAUUUAGCAGCAAUACCAAUGAUGAUGAUCUCAGAUCUUUGAUAUCCUCAAAGAUGCCAUCCGGACUGGACCUCGUGGACUUUAAUUACUUUGAGAAGGACAUUAAAAGAUGUUUUAACGGUACUCAGUACAUCGAUGGCUGCAAUCGCGACAAUGCCAUCAAACGGCAACGGACAUGCGCAGUCGUGGGCAACAGCGGUAUUCUCUCCAAAUCCGGCUGCGGUAAAGCCAUUGACGAUCACGACUUCGUCAUCCGGAUUAACUUUCCUAAUCUGAAAGAUUACGAAAAAGACGUUGGCGAGAAGACAAAUCUUAUGGUUGUCGGGCGCCACGUCUUGAGUGUUAUCUACAAAUGUAUUAAAGACAAACAGGAAUGCUUUGUGUUAAAACGGGUGGAUGAUCUUGACAAAGCGUACCUCUACCAUCCCGAAGCCUUGGUGGAAUUGGAGUCCCAAACAGCCCGCAGACCUUAUAAGAAGAUUACUUACGUCAAGAAAUAUGUCAGCGCACACAAAAACGUCGUGAACUUCCUCUAUUCCAUGUCCAGUGCUCCAGAAAGAAUUAGAGAGCUGGGGAGAAGCUUAGUUGAACGUUUCCCGGAAAAUCCGAGCAACGGUGCCAUCGCGUAUUCCCUGGCGCUGACCUUCUGUGAUGAAGUGGAUCUCUACGGGUUCUUCCCCUUCAAGCAAUACCAGGACAAGGCAGUAUCCCAACACUACCAUACCGACCCUGAACUAGGAGGAGAUGGAUUCGACGAGAAAGCGCUAGAGCAAGAGUGGAGCUACAUGAGAGAGUUAGAGUCCAAGGGCGCCCUGAAGUUCUAUAUUGAUGCAUGUAAAAGUAAAAACAGUAAAUAGUAGAUACCUGCUUUGAUUGUAUCAUAAUCUCGAGUUGUACUCAACUUGUAGGUUCAAGAAAGCUAUGAUUUUCAAAUCACAAUUGUAUGAUAAGUUUGCUAUAGGAGAUUUAAGCUGGAAAGGGAAACGUGGUCUUCACUUGGUAGAUGGAAGCUAAUUUAUAAUGCUAAACCAAGUCAUGUACGUGUAAUAGUAUACGAAGUAAGUAUACAGCGUAUACACUGCCUGCAUCUGCUACUAUUCUUCUAUAUCAAAGACGAACACAGUGAAAUAAAUAUUCCAGAAUC